AUGCCGCCGGUGCUACGACAUGUUCAACAGCGCGCAGGACCGGUUAACCAUCUCGAGUCUGGCACGUGCCCCAACACGCAGAACCUCUCGCGCGACGCCCUUUACCGCCUUGUCCGCAGCCGUAAUCCGCAGGGCGUCAUCUCUAAGAAAUUAAUCGGUUGGACUGGUGAGGUGGAAUACGAGGCUACGGUUUACACCUGGAAUGGAUCUGGCUACGAGUGUUAUCUAUGCCACCGCGUUUUCCAAGAGAUAUAA